CCCAGCAAGCUGGACGAGCAACGGGAAACGGCCGCGGGUGCUCCUGGCGACUGCCACGGCCACGGCGAUGGUGACGGUGACGGCGAUGAUAUCAAGGCGAAGCCGGGACGCUCAACACUCCCUUGGACGUCCUGCGCCGGGGAGAAGCAACUGCCGAGAUGUGGGGCAAGAGUCAAGGGCCGCCAAGAGGGCGGGAGGAGGAAGAAGCCGCGCGAUCCCGCCGCUGAUGGUAGCUCGACAGAACAAGACCAAACAUCCGACAAGGCGGCCGGCGACGGUGGCUAUGCUGGCGCAGAAGGUGGUGCGCAGAGGAGGACUGAAGCCGGCGGUGUCAGCACCAGCGGCGGCGGUGGCGGAAGCCGGACUGGUGGCGGCAGCGGUGCUGGCAGCAGGAGCGGCGGCGGCGGCGGUAACGGCGGAACCGGUGGAAGCGGCGACCGAAGAAGCAGGGGCAGCUGUGAUGGCGUUACCAGCAGUGGCGGCGCUGGCAGCAGCAGCGACAGUGGUGACGGGAACGGUGGCAUCACCGGCGGAACCAAUAAUAGUACCAGCAGCGGGGACGCUAAUGACAGCAGCAGUGGUAGCGGAGCCCCCACCAGCAUCGUCGCUGAUAGCAGCAGUGGCAGGGGUAGUGGCAGGACCAGCGGUACCGAUGGUAGCACCAGCAGCGGCGACGGCAACGGCAGCAGCCUUGGUAACGGCGGCGCACCAGCUGCGGCGGCGCGGUAUCGAUGGUCGGCCCGGAAAUUCUCGCUCGAAUCUAGCUUGGAACCCCGGCGGAAUCACCCUCCCCGGCGACUCUGCUUCGGGGGGUGUACUCUCGCCGGCGGAGGAGCCGCACCCGGCGGGGCGUACACGACGCCGGGCAUCCCAGAACGCCAUCGAUGGCAACAGGCGUAUGCUCCAGGGUUCCCGUAAGCCGAAGUCGCGGUCGGUCUCUCCCCGUUCUUCCUCCGCUAAAAGGUCCGCGGGGGAUGGCGGUGCGAGUUCGGGGCCCGGGCCGCAACGGGGCCGCGGCGGCGGUGGCGGUGGCUCUGCGGUAGGAGCGGUGCCAGCUCGCUCAUCCGGGAAAAAGAGAAGCGCGACAAAGCGCGAGAGUGCUGGUGCCAAUGGUGUGGCGGAGCCACGGGCGAGGUCGGCGUCGAAGGGCGUUGGGGCGAAGGCAGAGAGCGAGUCACAGACGAGGCUAAGGAAGAUGGCCGCAAAAGCUCCGCGGGAGGAAACGGACGGGGCGGCUGCGUCUGGCCAUGAGAAGGAGCGGCCGGCCGCGGUCUCGAGUCAAGACUCGGGCGAAACGGCCGGCAAGCUUGGCGCCCCCGCGGAGGAUGGUGUCGGCGUCGAAGAAGCAAGGCCGGGCGCAGCAGCCGACGGCCAAAGCUCGUGCGCCGUUGCCGCAGCGCCGACGAUGGACGUGGGGGAGGAGCAGGGCAGGGCCAAGCGGCAGCGCACGGAUGGCCGAGUCGAAGUCGAAGCACCCCGGGUCCACGAUCCUGCGAGAAGCCCCGACAACGGUGGUGGUGGCACCCCCUCUCCCCCAGCCCCAUCACGCCGCCUUCCAGGGCCCGAAGUGGACACGACGGGUGGAGGGAACGUUGCAGCGGUCGACAACAACACGAAGAACGACCAGCCUUACGGACCGGCGCCACCUCCACUUGCUACCGUGCCGCCUGCUGAAACCGCGGCCGUCUCGCCACAACGGCAGAAGCGGCUGCUGACGGCGACGACAAACGAGGCGGACAGCGGCGGCGGCAGCAGCGAUUCAGACGAGGAGUACCCGGAGGGCAUCGUGGGGGACCAUUGGCCGCAUCCUCCCUGCGAUCUGGAGGCGGAGGUCGGGGGAGGGGUCGCAACGGCACCGAGCAAUCGCUCCAAGCGUCCUCAACGCGGGAUUUUGUGGUGAUGUUCGAUCCAACACAAGAGAGCGGUGUAGAUCUCCAAUCGAUAGAAACCGCAGUUUGGCGAUUUCGCCCUGGCCGCCGAGAAAGGACAAGGGGGGGUGAUACGAGUGGACGGGUUGAGAACGUGGUUCGUGAAUGGGGGCACCGUAUAUCCUGGGGCGAAGGGGGGUGUGUGUGCGAUAUGGUCUGCGAUGGCUUUCGUGUGUCGCACGCGGUCGCCCAGAAUAGUUGAGUUCGAGGAAGCUAGCGUAGCCGUCGCUCAGCAAGAAUCUCGGUGAUAUGGCUGGCAAAUGGUGCGGCUGUCUGCAGGAACGCCGUCGCCCGACCGGUCCGGUCCAUACAGCGGAACGAUCCGUAGAAGGGUCGAUGAUUGGUUGGUGGCUGGAGCAGCUGUUAUGGUCGUUAGUGCGUCUACGAGCAGGCGACGAGAAGGACGCUGGUGUUGAAGGCCUGAGUCGGACGGGCGGCUGGUCGGAAGCGUGGUGUAUGGACCAUGAUAGGCUCUGUCAGUGGGGGGUAGUGCAAUAGCGGAGGACGUGCUUGUGGUGAAGGCCGAGCGCGAUGGGCAUGUUGUUGGCGGAGGUGUCCCAUUAAAGCAAGGGUAUGGCCUGUUUUUCGGUGAAGGAGAGUAUAGUGCAUUCCACGAGUCCUUGUGUCAGACAUUCUAGUAUGAUACAUGCUUUCGGCUGGUGGUUUUUCGAUGGCGGUGCUGGCAUCAAGCCGCGAGUGCACAGUGCGACUUGGCGGGAUAGUGGGCGUUGCCCCGGAAAAACUCCAUGACACUCCGGAAAGAAAGUACACCCGCACAUUAGAUCCAUGCAUGUUUUUCCGUGUUUGUUUUUGAGGGGACAUGUCAUCCGUGCUUGUUUUUACUGUUGUAAUCGUUGACAGCUGUGCUUUGCAGGGCUUAUUACGCCGUCUUACUUUCUCUAGCAAUCGCAGAUAGCGCUACAUGGAACCUUCGUUUUGGUUUCUUCCUUUAUUAAGUAGCGAGGGUCAGCCCGCACUACGCAGGGAUUUGUUGUCCUUUUGAUGAGCCAGUCGCCCCGGUGGCGUAGACAGGUGGUGUGCGACCUCGAAAAUUGUGUGGCGGCUACGUCGGGAGUUCGAAUCCAGGCGAGGCGUGUGGUAAGUCUGCGUGUCGCACCUGCUACACACCCGCAGUGCUUGUUUGCAGGUGGCACAUUUCAGGUGAGCUUAGGGUGAGGGCGGCUGAACCCUGCUGCUCGCGAUAGACCAUGGUUGGUGUUAUGUAUUCUUUCGAAAACACGAGCAAGGCGUGCGCGUUCAGAGGGACUCUUCUCCGUGGCGGGACUCCGGAUAGGAUUCCUAGAGAGGACUGACUGGCUGGACGGUACGUGGAAAUUGCGAGCGAUGCGUAACAAGCGGAACGCUGCGAGAAAGAGAAGGUAGUAGCCAGCACUACGCCGGGCUUUUGUGCUGUUUCCCACCGCUUGGGUGCCUGAUUUGGGUCUGCUGCCCAGGGAUAUUUGGGCAGGUCGUGGUAUCAUCUGGACCAGUGGGGUCCUGUUGGAAAUUUGAUGAACGUCUGCAUGUGGGCGAAUGCGGGCAACGCUCCUGGCGGGGAGUGGUAUGCUCUUUGCCAGCCUUUUCUAGGGGAAGGGGCGGCGGGGUACGGGACAGGCGAGGUACUGGCGGUUUAUUGUGGUGGACGGCUUCGACGAUUCUCCGUUCUGUUGUUGUUGUCACUGCUGAUGUGCCGCAAGACCAUGGCAUCGGUUAUUGGACGAGCUUGACAACGGAAAGCAGCGGGCGAGGGGGCGGGGGCGGGGGGGGAGGGGUAUGCGUCAUGCGAAAGAUGUACCGGUCUGCGUGUUUGGCGUCUGCACGCUUCCUUUUUUCCCCGGGGAGGGGGGGUUGGCUGGUCCUCGCCCGAGCACAUCCAUGCACGCGAGUAGUGGGAACCUGUGUGGUGUUUGCUAGCACAGUAUGCGCAGCCUUCGAGCAGCAACAGAACCCACAGCCUCUUCGGCCCGGUUCCUUGUUUCCGUAUAUCAUACACGAGUUUGGUUAAUUUUUGGCUGGGAUCCUAUCGCGUUGUGUCUAAUUCAUGCAUGGGCUCAUUUUUUUGUACAAAUGGGAUGUCCGAUACAUGUUUCCUGUGGGGUAGGCUACCUUGUAGACUGUAGUCUAGAUGUAAAUGUGUGAGUGUUUCCACCGGCGGACCUGUGAACGGAGGAGGGCGGGGUGGGUGAUGCCGUUGAUUUGAUGAUGUGGUGUGUUCGGAGCCGUCCCCCUGUGGUCAUUUCGUACAUACCAUGCCCUGUGCGAGCAAGACUGAUUCUCGGGUCUGAUUUAAUUCCAUACCGCGUUCUGUUCACGGUUGUCUCAAUUUCACAGGAGUACUAAAUGCCUGUACCGUGGUAGCCAUUCGUAUGCCAGCAACGGUACAUGUGGACGGUGGUGAGUUCCAUUCGUUUUCGUAAAAUCUCUUUGUUGUGGAGUAAGUGCGGAAGAGAGGGAAAAAAGGGCAGGUGAGGUAUGGGAGAGAGCGAGAAGGGACGAACCAAUGAACAAGGAGUUCGAUACAUCCAUCAUACAUGUGCAUGUGCAUGUGCAUGACCGAGAAUGUGGGUUUGAGAUGUUUCAUGAAGAACAAUCUCAGCAUCACCGAGACAAGUUCCAGUGUGUAUCGUAGUCGCGUAAGACACCCCUUGAACCGAUGUUCGAUUGCUCUGCAGCGAAAACUGCGACGGUGCCGAAGGUGGCGGAGUUGGAACGUCUCCUGGAGAGUUUUGACGAAGACCGAUUGGUGGAAUAUUAUUCGAAUAUUCCCCGUGCAACACAAACGCUAUCGACCGUCUCAUCCGGUGUCGUCUUGCACAUCCCGUAGACAACGCCACACGCCGCCGUUAAGUUUUUUUUUUCAUUGUCUACUCACUGCCGGUCGCCCCGGUGAUCUAUAUCGGUGUGUGUGAGUAUGUGUGCGUGUGUUUUCGUCCUAUUUAUUACGGCUACAGUCCCCCCAUUUUUCGUGGUGAGACGUGUACUACACCUUUUUCAUCGUAUGUAGAGUACUACACUUUUCAGUGUAUUUUUUCGUGCAACUACAACCAUCCAGGGUCACACAGGAGGGGGUAAACACCAGGGCUGUUUUCUUCUUUUUAUUUCUUUUCAUGCCCCACCUUCCUCCUGCGGUGCGUGCUGAUCUUUAUUUUUAUCGCGAGAAGGGUCCAGCCGUCCCUUUGCCUCGUCAACGGUGCUAACUUCGAAGUUUGGCACUCACGAGAGCUUGUCAGCUACAUUUCGCUUUCACCCGCA